UUCUUCCCUUCUUCAACCUCAACAAUAAAAAAUCAAAAUCAGAUUACAAGAAAGGGGAAAAAAAAAAAGAAAUUUUCUCAUCAGCCAAACAGAGCCCAGAAAGUAUAAAAAAUAAAAACAAAACAAAAAAACUCAACCUUUGAGUGUUAAUUAACUUUUUUUGUUUUUGAAUCGGUUUAUGUGAACAUCGUUGGUACUUUCACAAUGAUUUUCUCCAGAAUCGGCCGCUCUCUCUCCCGCUCUUCUCGCUCUAAUUUCCGAAUAAAUGUUAUAUCGAGGAAACUGUUAAGAUAUGAAUCGAAUGUGCCAAGUCCUGUAACAAAUACGUGCAUUUCACGCGUUAAUAAAGGGUUAGGGCUUGUAAGGGGUUAUUUCGCACCGGCUGGAGUUGGGAAGCAGCUUAGUACCAAUACACGGUUGUCGAAUUUGGAUUCCAUUCUUGCAAACCCUAGGAUCAGGCGGUUUUUUUGCAGUGAAGGGCCUAAGAAAAGAAAUUAUGAAAAUUACUUUCCCAAGAACAAGAAAGAUAUUCCUAAGGCUAAUGAACAGAAAUCUGGAUCCAAAGAGGAUUCAGGUGCUGGUGAGCCUGGGAAUUCCCAGAACAUUCAAAGGUUGGUGCAGAAUAUUGUUACCACUUUAUUGUUGGUUGGUAUUACGUAUUCUUCGUUAUCGGGUCCUCAUGAACAGCAGGAGAUUAGUUUCCAAGAGUUCAAAAACAAACUCCUGGAACCUGGCAUGGUGGACAAAAUUGUUGUUUCAAAUAAAUCGGUUGCAAAAGUGUAUGUGAGGAGUUCACCACGCAACGCAAGUCAGACCACUGAUGAUCCUGUAGAAGCUCCAAUGAAUGGAGCCCCUGCCAGAACAAAAACAAGUCAAUAUAAGUACUACUUUAACAUAGGGAGUGUUGAAUCUUUUGAGGAGAAGUUAGAGGAAGCCCAAGAAGCGUUGGGGAUAGAUCCUCAUAAUCAUGUUCCUGUAACCUAUGUAAGUGAGGUAAACUGGUUCCAAGAGUUGAUGCGCUUUGGACCCACACUCUUGAUCUUAGGGUCCUUAUGGUUUAUGGGGAGAAAAAUGCAAAGUGGUUUUGGAGUUGGUGGUCCUGGGGGACGAGGUGGUCGUGGACUAUUCAAUAUGGGAAAGGCUCAAAUAACCAAAAUGGACAAGAAUGCAAAGGACAAGGUCUUCUUCAAAGAUGUUGCUGGAUGUGAUGAGGCAAAGCAAGAAAUUAUGGAGUUUGUGCACUUCUUAAAGAACCCAAAGAAAUAUGAAGAAUUAGGAGCUAAGAUUCCCAGAGGUGCACUUCUUGUUGGUCCUCCUGGCACAGGGAAGACACUUCUUGCGAAGGCAACUGCUGGUGAAUCUGGUGUGCCUUUCCUCUCUAUGUCUGGAUCCGAUUUUAUGGAAAUGUUUGUUGGAGUUGGGCCGUCAAGAGUGAGAAGCUUAUUUCAAGAGGCUAGGCAGUGUGCUCCUAGUAUUGUAUUCAUUGAUGAAAUUGAUGCAAUAGGUAGAGCAAGGGGUCGUGGAGGCUUUUCUGGUGGCAAUGAUGAGCGGGAAAGUACACUUAAUCAGUUGCUAGUAGAAAUGGAUGGAUUUGGAACAACUUCUGGAGUUGUUGUGCUUGCUGGUACAAAUAGGCCUGACAUUUUAGAUAGAGCUCUGCUAAGACCUGGUCGGUUUGAUCGUCAAAUUACAAUAGACAAACCUGACAUUAAGGGUCGUGACCAGAUCUUCCAAAUAUACUUGAAGAAACUAAAACUUGAUAAUGAGCCAUCGUAUUACUCUCAGCGGCUUGCUGCUCUAACCCCAGGUUUUGCUGGAGCUGACAUUGCGAAUGUUUGCAAUGAAGCAGCCUUGAUUGCUGCAAGGAAUGAAAGUGCAGUGAUAACCAUGGAACAUUUUGAGGGAGCUAUAGACAGAGUAAUAGGUGGUUUAGAGAAGAAAAACAAGGUUAUAAGCAAGUUGGAGAGGCGAACUGUUGCUUACCAUGAAUCAGGCCAUGCUGUUGCUGGUUGGUUCUUGGAACAUGCAGAACCAUUGCUUAAAGUAACAAUUGUUCCUCGUGGUACUGCAGCACUGGGAUUUGCUCAGUAUGUUCCCAAUGAAAAUCUUCUGAUGACCAAAGAGCAGCUCUUUGAUGUGACUUGUAUGACACUAGGUGGUCGAGCUGCUGAGCAGGUUCUAUUGGGGAAGAUAUCAACCGGAGCUCAGAAUGACUUAGAGAAAGUAACCAAGAUGACCUAUGCCCAAGUAGCAGUCUAUGGUUUCAGUGACAAGGUUGGUCUUCUUUCUUUCCCUCAAAGGGACGAUGCAUUCGAGAUGACCAAGCCUUAUAGCAGCAAGACUGGUGCAAUCAUCGAUUCCGAAGUUAGAGAGUGGGUAGGCAAGGCAUACAACCGAACAGUGCAGCUGAUAGAGGAGCACAAGGAACACGUAGCUCAGAUUGCAGAAUUGCUUCUAGAGAAAGAGGUCCUUCACCAAGAGGACUUGGUCCGAGUACUUGGUGAACGCCCAUUUAAGUCGAGUGAACCCACUAAUUAUGACAGGUUUAAGAAAGGGUUCCAAGAAGAAGAUAAAUCAUCCAAGGACACAUCAACAGAGAGCAAGACUGUCGAUGAUAAUGGUUCAACACCCUUGGAACCUGAGGUAGUACCAGCAUAGUUCUUGAACAUAUAUUAGUCAUUCUCUAAAAUACAAGGGUUUUUUUUUUUCACAUUAAUUUGCUCAUUUUGCCACCCCCACUUGUCCAAACUGAACUCUUAAGCUGUAAAAAGAACUAAAAACAGAAUGCCUAAUCUGAAAAUGGAAGAUUUUUACCAUUA